AGUGCAUAUCAGUAGUGAAAAGUAUUUUCAUUUUUAUUAACGAAUUACGGAGAUAACAUCGAUAAUGCAGCAAUCAGAUUUGAAAAAGUGCGCCCCGGAUGUCGAGCUUGAAGUAACCAUAGUGGAUAUUCUGGAUUAUGUGGGCGAAUCUGUGCGGCCGAUCAAAGAAGGUUAUGCUGUAUAUGCCGCAAAUCAUGUAAUCUGCAUCGGGUACCGCCAGCAAGAUGCAGUAAAUACGGAAGUCACUGGUUACGUGACUCAGACCUCGCAUCCUGGAUUGGCUCCACAUGAAGUGUUCUUGAAGCUGCAACAGGACAUUUCUAAAUGGACACUGAAAUGUUCUUGCAAAGCUGGAACAGCUAAAUGCAAGCAUAUUGUUGCAUGUUUGCUCCAUAUAGAGAAACACCCAAAACUCGAAUACCUUUCAUGUACAGACGUGAAACAAGCAUGGGGUAUGACCAAAUCGAGGAAACCGGUGCCUUGGAGGGCAAAGCGAAUCAAGGACCUAUGCUGCGUGACUCAACCAUAUGGCCUUCCUUGCUCUGUUUCAAACAGUCAAACCGAGGAGGAAAUUUUGUCCACGUCGUUCAACCGAAUUUUAUCAGGUAAAAACAAAUGUAGUAAAUUACUCAAAAUGUAUACUGAUAUCAUCUAAAUGUGUUUCAGUUUCGAAACAAUCAGCAAUCUUCAAACAUAUUGAAGGGCGUUUUUUGAACGAGCUCAAAACGUAUCCUAAUCGAGCCUUGCAGAAUUCAGUUGAAGGUGACGAAUUGAAUAUCUACAUCACUGAAGAAGAACUCACACGAUGCCUGAACCUGAACUUGUCCAAAAUUUAUGUUCAGGAUUGUAAUAUGAGUUCAUUCGAACAAUCGGAAUAUUAUAAAAAUUACGUUAAUGUUGAUAUCACUAAGGUAAUAAGAAUUGCAUUGGAAACACGUGACCAAUCAACCAAUGACUGGAAAAUUCACCGUACCAAGAGAAUUACGGCAAGUUCGGCUUACAAAUUAUUCACCUAUCUUAAAAAUAAAAACCCAGAUUGGGGUAAAAAAAUUGAGCAAUAUUGGGAUAUAAAAGGAAUAAAUGUUAAAGCCACUAAGUAUGGAAAGGACACCGAACAACUUGCAUAUGACUGCUACAAGAAAAAUCGUAAUCCUCUUGUGAAAAAAUGUGGCUUGGUGGUUCACCCCAAUGAGUGUUGGAUAGCUGGCUCUCCAGAUGGCGUCGACGUUUAUUCUCAGGUGCUGCUUGAAAUCAAAUGUCCAGGCAACGAAGAAAUGUCGUUAGCGGACCUCUUGGACUCUGCUGCUGUUAGACGAUAUAUCAAAAAUUCUACCACAUCAGAUAUUAAAUUGUCCGAGCAGCAUAUGUACUAUUGUCAAAUUCAGAUAAACAUGUGGAUAUUGAAUUGUAUUACAUGCGACUUCAUCAUAUAGGGUAGAUGUACCAGUUAUGGACAUAGUGGUUCCCUAUUUCGCCAUACGG